AUGGGGGCGCUCGCCGCCCCGGCGGCGGUCGCGCGACCAUUUCACAUUAGGUCGUCGAGCUUCACGAGCAGACUCUUCCGCGACGAACGCGACCGCGCCGCAAGUGCGGAGGCGACUGAGGAUCGGGAUACAGAAUUUAAGAAGAUGCGUCAGAAAACGCUGGGAGAGGCGGGCGAGAAGGAGCUGUUUAGCCAGACACAUCCGCGGCUCAAGUCGCGCGAGGGCCGCAUGUCCAUCGCAAAAUUCAGAACAAACUGGCUCAACCAGGACCCGCCUGACUCUUCCAAAUACGUGACGCUUGACGGUCGCAUACAGUCGAUUCGUAAGCACGGUAACAAGCUCAUCUUCGUCACUAUGGUCAACGACAGGAAGACGAUCCAGGGCAUGAUCAACUUCAAGAACAUGAAGCCACCCAUGCUGUUGGACGCUUUUAAGCUAUUCGGCCGCAUGAUUGAAAAGGGUGACCACAUCUCUAUUACCGGCACGCCAGCUCGGAGCGGUACAGGCGAGCGAAUUCUCGAGGCUCACAUUCUGCCCGAGCUUCUCUCGCCUGCCCUCGAGCAGAUUCCCGAGUCCCUUACCGACCCCGAGACCAAGUCGCAGAAGCGGCAUGUCGACAUGCUCGUGAACCCCGAGGUUGCUGAUACCCUCCGCCUCAAGUCCCACCUCAUGCAACACAUUCGCACCCACUUCCUCGAGGAUGACUUCCUCGAGGUACAAACGCCUAUCCUCGCCCAAAACGCCGGCGGGGCUGUUGCCCGUCCCUUCACCACCCGCGCCACCGAGUUCCCUUCGAAGGAGCUUUCCCUACGUGUCGCCCCCGAGCUCUGGCUCAAGCGCCUCGUCAUUGGCGGCUUGCACAAGGUCUUUGAGAUGGGCCCCUCCUUCCGUAACGAGGGCAUCGACGCAACGCACAACCCCGAAUUCACGACGUGCGAAUUCUACAGUGCCUAUAGCAGCCUCGGAGACCUCAUCCGCAUCACCGAGUCCCUCCUCCACGGUCUCGCCACCCGCUGCGACGAUCUCAUCGCCAACGAGCUCACCUCGCUCCCCCGCAUCGACGUCGCCAAGUUUGCCGCCCCCUUCCAGCAGGUCGAGUUUAUCCCCUCCCUCGAGAGAUCCCUCGGCCUCCGCCUGCCGAACCUUACCGGCCCCGACGCCCUCCCCGAACUCAUUGCCAUCCUCAAGAUCGCCGGUAUUCCCCUCCCCGGCGGCAGCAUCCCCUCCACCCUUCCCAAGCUCCUCGACCGCCUCGCCGCCGUCCACCUCGAGCCCAAGUCCUUCGACAGACCGGCCUUCAUCACCCACCACCCGGCCUGCAUGUCGCCCCUCGCCAAGAGCUUCCAGUGCCCAACCACCGGCCAGCUCGUGUCGGCGCGCGCCGAGCUCUUCGUCGACGGCCGUGAACUGGCCAACAUGUACGAGGAGGAGAACGACCCGGCCGCCCAGGCGCGCAAGCUCGCCGAGCACCGCGUCCUGGCAGGGCAGAAACCCGGCGAGGACGAUGGUGAGCUCGAUGCCGACAUGGAGGCUGCGCCGCUGGACAAGAGCUACAUCAAGGCCAUGGAGGCCGGCCUGCCGCCCACCGGCGGCUGGGGCUGCGGCGUCGACAGGCUGGUCAUGCUUUUCUCGGGCGCCAACCGCAUCAGCGACUGCCUAACAUUCGGCACGUUGAGAAACGUCGUCGGGCUCUCGGCGGAGGGCCCUGGACAGGCCGCCGCUACCGACAGCACUGCUGAGGGCCAGGGUGAGCCUGAGAAGAAGUAA